GACGAUGCAUCAGAUCUACAGCUGCAGCGAUGAGAACAUCGAAGUGUUCACCACCGUGAUCCCUUCCAAGGUGUCCAGUCCAGCCAGGAGAAGAGUCAAAAGCUCUCAACACCUCUUGACCAAGAAUGUGGUGAUCGAGUCGGACCUGUACGCGCCUCGGCCCCUGGAGCUGCUGCCGCACCGCGGGGACCGCCGGGACGCAGGGGAUGCACGCAGGUUUGGCCGCCUCCAGAAUGCACGGCCGCCAGGGGCCCAUCCCGCCAAAACCCCCUCCAGACCUGUGGGGAUUUCAGAGCCCAAGGCAUCGCAUCUGUGUGGGAAUCGAGCAUAUGGAAAAUCCUUGCUUCCUCCGGUGCCCCGGAUCUCCGUGAAAGCUUCUGCAGCGCCAGCGGCGGAGGCAGCAGCCGCAGGCUCGGAGAACAGGGCUGCACUGGCCAGAGGAUCUAGACACCUGAAGAAGAUGGCGGAAGAGUACCCAACUCUGCCCCAAGGAGCAGAAGCCUCCCUGCCGCUCACAGGCAACGCCUCGUGUGGCGUCCCUGGGAUCCUCCGGAAAAUGUGGACGCGGCACAAGAAGAAGUCUGAAUAUGUGGGCGCCACCAACAGCGCCUUUGAGGCUGACUAA